GGACGCCAGGCACCAGCUGGGCUCGGCGAGGCCGCGCAAAAGGGCGCGUGUCCGUCGGGUUCUCGCGCGGGGCUGGUAAGGCGCCGCUCGGGGCUGCGGGAACCUGAUAUCGCGGCUGCAUCCUUGGCGAGGCCGGGAGGAACCGAGCGGAGGGACAAGCCGAGGACUGAGGUUGAUACUUGCUCGACUCUUGGUGUUCUUCAUUUUCGUUCUAUGAGGAAAUCCUUUUCCUCCACCUCCCUCGAGUGUUGAUCCUGCCAGAGGGUAGACUUGGUGAACAAGAUUUUGCAAGCCUCUGCAAGUCCACCAGCCACUGAACGCCACACUUCCUCGCAAGCUCUAUGUAAGAUUAGCGAUGUGCUCUACUCAGAGGGACUAUGCCUGACCAGCAUGGCUCUCGCUGAAGCAUGUGGGAUCUUAACUUCCCAACCAAGGAUCAAACCUGCACCACCUGCAUUGGAAGGCAAAGUCUUAACCACUGGACCGCCAGGGAAGUCCCUCGGCUAAGUUCUAUAGAGUGAGUGUCUUAGGCCUCAGCUAACUGGACAAUGGCAGUUGAGUAGGUUUUGAAAAAUGUAUGAAGUUUAGUGGACUGCAUCUGCCUUCUCCCCAUCUACCUUUUCCCCAUCCUUUACAAAAGAAUAAAUGGGAUGUUUGAGAAGAGAGCUGUAUUAAAAGAGUGUUACAAAUGGCUUCAGAAUCUAUGAAUGCAAAACAAGCUAGGAAUCGCUCCACAAAAGGGAAAAGGCAACAGCACCAGCAAAUAAAGAACAGAUCUUCACUUGGUGAUGGUGAUGGAGAAGACUCCUUUAUCUUUGAAGCAAAUGAAGCUUGGAAAGAUUUUCAUGGUUCUCUUCUUCAGUUUUAUGAAAAUGGAGAACUCUGUGAUAUCACAUUGAAGGUUGGCUCAAAGCUAAUCUCUUGUCACAAACUGGUAUUGGCUUGUGUUAUUCCCUACUUCAGAGCUAUGUUUCUCUCUGAAAUGGCUGAAGCCAAGCAAACACUGAUUGAGAUCAGAGAUUUUGAUGGUGAUGCAAUAGAAGACUUGGUAAAGUUUGUCUAUUCUUCACGACUCACUUUGACUGUUGACAACGUCCAGCCUCUAUUAUAUGCAGCUUGUAUUCUACAGGUUGAACUGGUGGCUAGAGCUUGUUGUGAAUACAUGAAGUUACAUUUUCAUCCCUCCAAUUGUCUGGCAGUAAGAGCCUUUGCAGAAAGUCACAAUCGAAUAGACUUAAUGGACAUGGCGGAUCAGUAUGCCUGUGAGCAUUUUCCUGAAGUGGUGGAGUGUGAAGACUUUGAAAGUGUGUCACCCCAGCAUCUCCAUAAGCUUUUGUCCUCCAGUGAUCUAAAUAUUGAGAAUGAAAAGCAGGUCUAUAGUGCAGCCAUCAAGUGGCUUCUUGCCAAUCCUCAGCAUCAUUCCAAAUGGUUGGAUGAAACACUUGCACAGGUUCGUUUGCCGCUGUUGCCGGUUGAUUUUCUUAUGGGUGUUGUGGCAAAAGAACAGAUUGUCAAACAAAAUCUAAAAUGUAGAGAUUUAUUGGAUGAAGCAAGAAAUUACCACCUUCACUUGAGUAGCAGAGCAGUACCUGACUUUGAAUACUCCAUUCGGACUACCCCAAGGAAACAUACUGCUGGUGUGCUAUUUUGUGUAGGUGGUCGAGGUGGAUCGGGUGACCCCUUUCGCAGUAUCGAAUGCUAUUCUAUCAACAAAAACAGUUGGUUCUUUGGACCAGAAAUGAACAGUCGAAGGCGACACGUGGGUGUAAUCUCAGUGGAAGGUAAAGUGUAUGCAGUGGGUGGACAUGAUGGAAAUGAACAUUUAGGUAGUAUGGAGAUGUUUGAUCCUCUCACUAAUAAAUGGAUGAUGAAGGCAUCAAUGAACACAAAGAGGCGAGGAAUUGCCUUGGCCUCCUUGGGAGGCCCAAUUUAUGCAAUUGGAGGGUUAGAUGACAACACUUGCUUCAACGAUGUUGAGAGAUACGACGUAGAAUCUGAUCAGUGGAGUACAGUGGCACCAAUGAAUACUCCCCGUGGAGGAGUUGGCUCUGUGGCUCUUGUGAACCAUGUUUAUGCAGUAGGUGGCAAUGAUGGAGUAGCUUCUCUAUCUAGUGUGGAGAGGUAUGAUCCACAUCUCGAUAAAUGGAUAGAAGUUAAAGAAAUGGGUCAGCGAAGAGCAGGCAAUGGAGUUAGUGAGCUCCAUGGUUGCUUAUAUGUUGUUGGUGGUUUUGAUGAUAAUUCUCCUCUGAGUUCAGUUGAGCGGUAUGAUCCUCGAAACAACAAGUGGGAUUAUGUAGCAGCCCUUACCACUCCCAGAGGUGGAGUGGGGAUCGCAACAGUGAUGGGCAAAAUCUUUGCAGUUGGUGGUCAUAAUGGCAAUGCAUACUUAAAUACAGUAGAAGCAUUUGAUCCAGUGCUGAAUAGGUGGGAACUUGUUGGAUCUGUGUCUCACUGCAGAGCUGGAGCAGGUGUAGCUGUGUGUGCCUGUUUAACUAGCCAAAUUCGAGAUGUAGGUCAUGGAUCCAGUAAUGUGGUUGACUGUAUGUGACUUGAGUUCCAGCCACCAACAAUUUAAUAACAUCUCAUAGGCAAGAAAGACUACCAGGAUUUUGUAAUGGCCACCUUUGAACAGCUUUAACUACUACUAGAGUCUCAUUUAAAUGUAAACUGUUGAUUGUGACUAAGUGCAACUUUUGAAAUGGUAGCUGAAACUACUGGUAAUAAAGUUGAUACUUCCCACUUUAACAAAUAAUGAAGUAGGGAAGGAAGACACUCUAACCUGAAACCAUAUCUCCUCCAAAAAAAAUGUGUUUAAAGGAGUGCCAAAACCUUGAAAUUCCUUUUUUUUUAAAGGGUGGAUGAAUCAAAAUGUAAAAUGAAGUCAUAAAAUGAAGGCAGUGGAUUUUUCCUAGAGGGGAGAUUGGAACCUAUUCAUCAACACAAGGAUAUCAGGACACAUAACAGACCUGCUUCAUUUGAAGAUCUUUUCUACUUGGUGCUGAUGAAUUUAUGCCUUGCUUUUUUCUAGGUGUUGAGUUUUCAAUUCCUUGGAUAUUUACAGAAAUAGGAAAAAUGUUUCAUCUUUCUGAGUGCCCUUUGGUUGUGUUUUCAGAAGCUUAUAGGAAUGCUGUAGGAAGCCCUUAAUUUCAGUUUGAAAUGUUAGGACACCAAAAGAUCUAACUGAACUAAUUCCUUCUGAACGAACCUGCAGUUUUAUUUUUUCAUUGCAUGCCGAAAGGAUUUUUUUCAUAAUCAAAAAUUGGACCAGAGGGGAUAUUAGAGGAGAAGGCUUUAAAGUCGACAUUAUUCUAGUGCCCAUUCGAGAGCCUUGAGAGGGAAUGGUGUCCAUUAUACAACUCCCUAAUGAGGAGACUGCAAAAAUAUGUUUAACACUCUUCUUUGAUUUAGUCAUUUCAUUUUGAACCCAAGAUUUAUUAUCUUUCUAUUUUGCUGUUUGCCACCAUCGUAGUUUUUCUAAACUGUACAGUCUGGAUUUAUUUAUUUUCAGAAAAUGAAUGCAUUUUUACAAAAACCCUUUAUAGACUGUAGUUGAACUGUUGAUUACUUCAAGUCCAUCAUUACCAAUAAAAGAUAUUGUAAAAACAGAAA